UCCCGCGCGGUGCUUCUCGUCGCUGCAUUCCAGCACUCCGUGACGAGCUGCGAACGCGUCGCGUCGGGAUUCCUGAGGAUUACCCGGCGUGCCCCGCGGGAAAGAUGGCGUUGGACGGGAGGAGAUGGAGAUAAACUUUAUCUGAAAUCGGGAACAGCGGUUAUCUGCACCUGCGAUUCGUGGUAAGACUUCAGCUCCUCGCGGAGAGAUACCGGCGACAGGACGCGGGUCCGCGAUCGCUUCAGACGGCGCGAGCGGAGAGAUUUCAGCGGCCGCUAGCAACUGUGUGUGUGUGUGUGUUAGCCAGCGAGCAGAAGAAGAAGAAGAAGAAGAAGAAGCGGGCAAAGUUUAUUCAGUUUGAGCAGGAGUCAAGACCGAUCUAUACCAAACUCUGGGUUUAACUGCGGACAGUUCACUAGCGCCAGGUCAUUGAUAGCCCUGAGGUUCACAUGCUGAACAGGGGAGGAGGAGCGAGACGUGAGCUAGAUUUGAGUUUCCUUGGCGACCGGAGGGACCCACUUGGGGCAAUGACUCUGGAGAAUGCAGCACACACUUGAGGAGGCAUCAAGCCAAGAAGCCCAGUCCAAAGAACAACAUCUGUUGUCUGCAAGCCAUGUUCCAAGAAAAAUGCUCCAUGCUGUGAAAGAUAAGACUGUGCAGACAUUAGGAGAUGGGGUCGUUCUGAACACCAGCAUCGUUUGCACCAGUCAUCUGGAAAGUGGGCUGAAGAGCGCUCCGGGCCUGAGGACCUGUGAAUGAGGACACCACUGAAACCAACUCCAGUUUCAGGACUAACGGAUGGUGUAUGGAAGCACACGGAUCUCCCAGAAUGACGAGUGCUGCUCCAGCCCGGAAACCGUACCGAAAGGCACCUCCGCAGCACCGCGAGACGCGCCACACUGUGCCAGUAUUUCGAGAGGAUGUUAGCGGGAGUGCCUUGCCAUCCGCCAGCCUUGCGCCGUCAGCCCAGCCUGACCCCUGCCAGGAGUCCUUAUCAGAUGCCGACAGGAUCAAGAUCCUGCAGCAGCAAAAUGAAGACCUCCGUCGCCGGCUCUCCCAGACCACUCAUAAGAUGGAGGCGAUGGAGACGGAGUUCGAAACCAGUCGACAUUACAUGCAAGCAGAGCUGGGUCGAACCAGAGACGACCUGGAGAAAAUGAGAGACAAAUUCAGAAGACUGCAGAACAGCUACACGGCGUCUCAGAGAGCUAAUCAAGACCUGGAGGAGAAACUUCACGCCCUGCUCCGUAAAGUGGAAAGAGACAAGAAAACCAUGGAUCAAGAGAUAGUGGAGCUCACGAAUAAACUCGUGGAUGCCAAAAACACUAUCGACAAGCUGGAGGAACUGAAUGAACGGUAUCGGCAAGAUUGCAAUUUGGCUGUGCAGCUGUUGAAGUGCAAUAAAUCGCAUUUCAGGAAUCACAAGUUUGCUGAUUUGCCAUAUGAGCUACAGGAUAUGGUGAACAAGCACAUGAAGAGUAGCUUGCCUAACAAGACUCAGGGCUCUCAGGGAGCUCAAGCCCAGGAUCCUGACACUCUAAGCCUGACUCCCGCAGACGUAGUGCCCACUUCAGUGAUUGCUCGUGUUCUUGAGAAGCCGGAGCCCCUGGUGCUCAACUCAGCCCAGUCUAGCAGCAGUGCAGGUCGGCCAGUGGCUGAAGAUGUGUUCGUACACGUGGACAUGACAGGACCCCAAGAUGACAGUGGAGGGCGUGAAAAUGGGGGUCCUGUUCAUGCCAGGCCUCCUGUGGGAGCUGGUUCUGAUCAGCAGCAUGUAAACGGCAUGUGUCGAAGCCAGGGCAGCCUGGAUGGUCCAACAGGAGAAGAUGGGGCAGCCCCUUCUUUUGAGAAGUUGAAUCCUUACCCAGCACCUCCACCACCAAACCCGCUGUACCCUGGUCGCAAAGUGAUCGAGUUCUCCUCCGAUGACAAAGUCAAGAUUCCCAAGAACAGUCCACUGCCCAAUUGCACCUACGCUACUCGUCAGGCCAUUUCUCUUAGUCUUGUGCAGAACGAAGAGGAGGCAGCCGAGCGACAGCGGACCGUGCCCAAUAGCCCUGCUGUGUCUGAUGGGGGUUGGCGGUCUGGGACCUCCUCAUCUUCUGGUGGAGGGCAUGCUUCUCACCAGCGCACACCUCCACAGAUGGAUGCUACGGACACCCUCUCCAGUCAUUCAAGUCCCUUUAGCAGCCCCCCUCAGCCUCCGAGCGCCUUUGCAAGCUCUGGUAGCUCAGAGGAGGACCUACUGGCCAACUGGCAGCGCAUGUUUGUAGAAAAAAUGGCACCAUCCACUGAAGGAUCCCUCGUCAACCGCACAUCCUUCAGCAGUGAGACUGUGAAAGAUCUCCAAAGAAGUCACAACGGAAAAUCAGGAGUAGGGGCUAUGAGAGGUGCUUACUCUGAUGGCGAGGAGGGAUCCUCGGCCCAGAGCUGGACAGCAAGUAGAGAGUCCAGUUUGGAUACAGACACCAGCAGCAUGGCAGACCUCCGUGCAAAAAAGACUCAAUACGGAGGUGACUUUUCCCAGGAAGAGGGUGAACACCUACUGAUGGCCCUUGAUCCACUUGACAAUGAUGGUGCUAGUGGUGACACCAUGGUCACCAUUGAGAGCAGUCCAGCCUCUGCUAAGCGUCAAGAGUUUGCUGAAGAUGCUGGCUCCGCAGGAAGUUCAGCUGAGGAGCGAGAUAUCCUGCCCCAGGACUUUCCUGUCAUCGGCUCAAGAGUCCUAGCAGCCCUUGAGGAUAAUGCAGACAAGCCCCCUCGGACUGGCUCCUCACGACCUCUGAAGAGCCCCAAGAGAAUGGGCGUUCAUCACUUGCACCGCAAAGACAGCCUUACCAGAGCUCAAGAGCAUGGAAACUUGCUGGACUGAGACUUCCAGGCUUAUUCUUCUCUUCUUUUUUUGACCUUGAGUGCUCUUCGUCUUACUAGCAAUCUCUAGGCAUUGCAGCAUACGACAAGUGGAAGGGAUCGGAUCAGCAUUGCUGUACUUAUCCCUGGUCAUGCUGCUGUUGCUGAGGCAUUAUUGUAACUCUUCUGUCCUCUCUCUGAGGCUUGGAGCUCUUUAAUCUGUGGAACCUAUGGUAUUGGUGGCUUCCGCUGGUGAAGUACUUCAGUCAGUCCGGUUUUGCAUGGACGGUGCUUCUGGAAUCGUACAAGAAUGUCAAAAAAAAAACAUUCAAAGUCCAAGACUUGAUUCUGUUUGAUGUGACAUGAUUGAGUGGGCAACAGCAGGACAAAGCUAUACAAUUACACUUCUGUAAGAGAAAGAGUUCAAGAUUGAGCAGCAUUGGGAAGGAUCCCUGUGGCACUGAACGGACAUGGAACAUCUCACAUAAUGGGUGUUUUGACAUUUGCUUUUGCCCUCGGGUGAGAGUUUUCUACCCAGAUAAUGAUAUCUACCCAGCAUCCCAGUGCAAGUCCUUUGUUACGGGAGAUUGGGAUGGCACCAAAUGGCCACAGCUUCACAGAUACCACUGUGUCAGGCAUUCUGCUGGCUAAAGCAGAUUAAAUGUAAUCUAUGGGGACUCUCUUGUCAAUUUUCAGUGCCUAACCCUUGCUCUGACAGAGGGGGCUCUCCAUCACCCUUUAAAAGAACAUCUUGUUCCUUUAGCCUGCUUUUAGUCAUCAUAAAUUGAGAGGAUCCUUCACCUUCAAUUUUCAGUUACCUCUCUUCACUGAUCUACCACUGUAUUUCAACACCCAAGCUAAAGACAGCUUUUGUACUUUAAUAAUUUGAAUUUGAUUUUGAUGUAUUCGGUAUAUGUUUUAAUGAUCAAGUAUACUUCCUGAUUUUCAUUCUCAUCUGUUUUGUUUGACUAAUGGUAUUUAAACCUGAUUAUGAUUUUAAGAGUUUUUUUGUGUAUUUAUUUGUCUUUUGCUGGUCUGAAGUGUCCCAUUACUUCCCUCAAAGCAGUUAAGCACUUGCAGAAGUGUGUAUAAGUGCAUAGGUUACUAAAUCCUGUCAUGAAAUGAGAAGGUAUACAAUCCCUUUUACACAUUAUUUGUUAUACUGUAAUACAAUAGAAAUUUAACCCAAACAGUGCCGUUUGGCAUUUUAAAUAUUUAAUCAAUUUUUUUUUUCUUUUUUCAAAGGUCAGUAUUUAAGAGUAAAAAAAAAAACUCUACAAGUAAGGCUGAAACAUUAAAAUGUGUCAUUGGUAUUUCAUGUCCUCCAAUUCAGAGAUAUAUUAAUGUGACCCUUUGCUGCUGACGGCACAAAUUGCCUUUCAGAGGGCAUAUUAAUAUUUCAAAACUAUGCAUAUAGUACUGUGUAAAAACACCACAAAAAAAAGCAAAGCUUUCUCUCUGUUAUGAUGACAUUGCUGACUUCUAAAUAAAAAAACAAUGAGCUAAAAAGCUGAAAUUUAAGCCAGAAACAUGACCAGAACACAAUAUUUAGAAGAUUUUUGUUUGUUCUUUUUAAAUCCUGAUUUCAAGAAAAGCCAUGUUUUGAUCUUAAUGAAUGUAAUCAUCUUUAUGUAGCAUCCGUUUUCAUUGGCUCCUCAUUCUUUAGCUGAUGCUAAUGCUUUAUGUAUUUUAAGGGGACUGUGCAUCCCGCCAUCAUUUGGUGUAUUUUUCUGUGUGUAUUUUUGUGUGUAAAUCUAAUUUCUCAUGAUUAUGGAUGAUCAAUCUGUCCAGCAGAUACUUUCUACAAGUUUUUGUUUUUUUCCUGUGCUGAGUGUUCGAGUCGUUUCGUUUCAAGCCUUGUUCAAAUAGCAUUUUAACAUUUAUCAGCUUUUCUCAAACAAAAAGUUUUAGAUGCAAUGACUACAAGCGUCCUCAUUCUUUUGUUUUGAUAAAUAUAUUUUAGAGACUAUUAAACUCUGUGUUGCCUUUUUAA